GAGGGGAUCGGUGCUCAGGGGGGGCUCUCACUUUUCCCCCGGCAGCCGCAGCUUUGUGCUGUCAUCGCUGGGCUUCACGGCGGUGGCAUUCGUGACGGGGUCGCUGGCGCUGUGGGCCCCGGCGUUCCUGUACCGCUCCUGCCUGGCCACGGGGCAGUGCCGGCCCUGCCCCGACAAGGACACCUGCAGCUCCCAGCAGAGCCUGAUCUUCGGGCUCAUCACCUGUGUGACGGGCUUCCUGGGCGUGGGGGCGGGCGUGGAGAUCUCCAAGCGCCUCCGCAGAACCAACCCCCGGGCCGACCCCCUGGUCUGCGCCGCUGGCCUGCUGGGCUCCGCGCCCUUCCUCUUCCUGGCCCUGGUGUGUGCGCAGGGCAGCAGCGUCGCCACCUACGUGUUUAUCUUCAUUGGGGAGACGCUGCUGUCCCUGAACUGGGCCAUCGUGGCGGACAUUCUGCUGUACGUGGUGGUCCCCACACGCCGCUCCACAGCCGAAUCCUUCCAGAUCGUCAUGUCCCACCUGCUGGGUGACGCUGGCAGCCCCUACCUCAUCGGCGUGAUCAGCGACAGGAUCCAGCGGGGCCGCCCCCCGUCCUUCCUGCUGGAGUUCCACAGUCUGCAGUACGCCCUGAUGCUGAGCGCCUUCGCCGGGGUGCUGGGGGGCGGCUUCUUCCUCGCCACCGCACUCUUCAUCCAGGGUGACCGUAAGCGGGCCGAGCUCAGCACCCAGGGUCUGCUGCCGGAGGAAGCCGAGCCGGAGGACCAGAUUGUGGUGCCGAAGCGCGGCCGAUCCACCAAAGUGCCCGUCUCCAGUGUCCUCAUCUGAGAGCCACCCCCACCCCCGGUGCUGGGGCCGGGUGCCACCAGUCGGGCAGAGACUAUCGCUGCCCCCCACGGGCCAGACGUGGGGCAGGCCGAACUGUGCCAGUUUGGGGGGCUGGUAUUGUAUGUGAGCGUGGAGCCCCCCGUGGAUGGGGCACCCUGGGCUGGGACAAGCCAGGGACCCGCAACUUAACACCCCAGUCCCUGGCGCAGAGAGGGGCUUAGGGACUGAGAGAGGGGGCUCUUGGAUUCCUUGGGGGGCCAUACAGGUUACCAUUGGAUUGUAGGGGGCUGGAGUCCUGCCCCCCCUCCAGCCGCCAUGUUUUCAUCCCAUUAAACUCUUUGUUAGGUC